AUGCCGAAACGACGCCGUCCAUCCGUCGAAGACUAUGCCGUCGGUUGGAUAUGUGCCCUGCCGAUAGAACUCGCUGCGGCGAUGGAAAUGCUUGAUGAGACGUACGACAGCUUUGAGAACGGCGGCUCCAGCAGAUACAACCUCGGUCGAAUCAACGAGCAUAAUGUUGUGGUGGCUUGUCUGCCCAAGGGUCAAAUGGGUACCAACUCCGCUGCAACAGUUGCCGCUGAGUUGAAAUCUUCAUUUCCGGCAAUUCGCUUCGGGGUCCUCGUCGGAAUUGGAGGAGGCGUGCCAUCAGCGGAUGCCGAUAUUCGAUUGGGAGAUGUCGUUGUCAGCCUACCCGGCAAGAUGCAUGGUGGAGUGAUACAGUAUGACUUUGGGAAGUCUACGCCCAACGGGCUUGAGCGGACGGGCUUUCUAAACGCUCCACCGGCAUUACUACUUGAGGCCGUCGCAAGGGUUCAAGCCAGCCAUAUAAGAGGACAAGACACCCAGCUCCGCGAAUAUAUCUCCCAUUUUAACCGCGUACCGGCAUUUUCAUCAGCAAACCUGGGACAAGAUGUGCUGUUUGACGCGAACUAUCGCCAUAUCGGAGGGUCUACGUGCGAGAAAUGCAGCAAGGAAAGAAUAAUGAAGCGAGGGUUGCGCAACAAUGAUGUUGUAAUCCACUACGGCCUCAUUGCCUCAGGAAAUAGGGUUAUAAAAGAUGGCGCCGAACGAGAUCGCGUGGCCUCUGAACUCGAAGGCGUACUCUGCUUUGAGAUGGAAGCGGCUGGCAUGAUGAACACUUUUCCAUGUCUGGUCAUUCGAGGUAUCUGCGAUUACGCUGACUCUCACAAAAAUAAGGAGUGGCAGCCGUAUGCAGCGGCAAUGGCCGCAGCCUAUACAAAGGACUUGUUGUCAGUCAUACCACCAGCCGCAGUGGCACAGACACGAACUAUGAUUGAAAAUCUUAGGGAGAAACAAGUGAUUGAAGAGACCCUCAACCGCCUACCAUGUGCCGUUGAAGCGACUUUUAAUUCAUACCGAAGACAGCACGAGCGCACAUGUCUUGUAGGCACUCGAGUUCAUGUCCUUGAGGAGAUCAACAACUGGAGUAAAAAGAACGAUAACCAGAGCAUUUUCUGGCUCAACGGCUGGGCAGGAACGGGGAAAUCGACAAUUGCUGGUACAAUUGCGCGCCAGUACUAUGAUGAGCAACGUUUGGGGGCGACAUUUUUUUUCUCUCGAGGCGGCGGAGACGUCGGCCAUGCUGGCAAGUUUGUGACGACUAUUGCCCGGCAACUUGCCAGUAAUAUAUUGCCCCUACAGCAAUUCGUGUGCGAAGCUGUUGCAUCGUAUAGUGCUAUAGGAACGCAAUCCCUUGGUGACCAAUGGCGUCACCUUAUCCUCAAUCCGUUGUCAAAAAUGGGCAGCGGCUCUGGUUCACCGUCAUACCUCGUAGUCAUUGACGCUCUUGAUGAAUGUGAUGACGACAAAGGCAUCCAGGUAAUUUUGGGUCUUUUGACCGAGACACACCCCGCGUUUAGCAACAUACUAAAGGUGCUUAUCACAAGCCGACCUAAUAUCCCGAUUGAGGUUGGUUUUUCUCACAUACCACCAGCAAACCACCGUGCCUUCAUACUGCAUCACCUACCGUCGGAAAUCAUCAGUCACGAUAUCGUAUUCUUCUUGCAGCAUGAGUUACAAACCAUAGCUCAAGAUCAGGCGCUUGAGCCCGCAUGGCCGGGUGCCGAGGCCAUCGAGCAUUUGGCGACCCGCGCAAGCGGCCUUUUCAUAUGGUGUGCAACCGCGUGCCGUUUCAUAAAGGAGGGGGACUUUUACGCUGAGGAAAGGCUGAAUAGCCUUCUUAAAGGAAGCACAUUGAAUACCGCACCAGAGGAACGCCUUAACGAGAUUUAUAUGUCUGUCCUUAGAGCAGCCAUUCUCUCUACUUAUACAGAACAAGAAAAGGAGAAACUUUAUGACCAUUUAAGGCAUGUCCUUGGAACUAUUGUCAUCCUAUAUUCUCCGCUCCAUCUAGAAUCCAUGUGCAAGCUGAUCCAAGUUCCUAAACAGCGAGCUGCAAAAAUGCUUGUGCGCCUUCAUGCUAUAUUAGAUGUUUCCGACGACCUUACAGGACCACUCCGUCUACACCACCCGUCGUUUCGCGAUUUCUUGGUCGAUAACCAUAGAUGCAGAGAUCCGGAUUUCCUUGUGGAUAAACGCAGGAUGCAUCACCAAUUAGCAGCGAACUGCAUGAAACUGAUGAGCUCUACCCUCAGACAGGAUAUAUGUGGUGUCAACGCCCCUGGAACGUCAGCAGACGAUAUUGACGAGACUCAAAAACAGCAAUGCCUCGUGUCGGAAAUUCAAUAUGCGUGUCUCUACUGGGUACAACAUCUUCAAGAUUCUAAUGUCUUGCUAAAGGACGGUGACGCAAUUCACCAAUUUCUAAUUGACCACGUUCUUCAUUGGCUUGAGGCACUCAGCUGGAUGCGAAGAGUUUCUGAGGGUAUCAGGGCAUUACUUUCCCUUGAAUCUCUUGCUUCAAAAAGUAAAUGUCCCCAAGUUAACAAUCUUAUCUGGGAUGCUAAACGACUUGCUCGAGUCAAUCAGUCAAUAAUGGAAAAAUCUCCGCUGCAAAUUUAUUUCAGUGCACUUGUGUUUGCACCUUCGACAAGUCCAAUUCGCAGCCGUUUUAGUCAUGUACCAAUGCAGUGGAUUUCAAAGCUACCAACAAUUCGAACUCAUUGGAGCUCUUUGCAGCAAACACUCGAGUGCAAUCCUGAUCGGGUUCUCCAUAUUACUUUCUCACCUGACGGGACUGUGCUUGCGUCAACAUCAGGUCAAAAAGUUCGUCUCUGGGACCCUUCAAGCGGACAGUGCCUAAAUACACUUCAGGGCCAAGAUGAGCUACAGACACUGGAUGAUGAAGUAGAUGAACGUGAUUUUAGCAAUCUUUUUAGCACUAUCGCUUUUUCGCCUAACGGGAAAGCCCUCGCGUCAGCAUCACCAGCAAUUAGUAGGGUGUGGCUGUGGGAUGUAUUAACCGGGCAGUGCCUGCAAGUGCUCCACGGCCACACUCGUGCAGUUAAUCAAGUGGCGUUUUCAUACAAUGGGGACAUACUUGCAUCGUCAUCAUAUGAUCAGACGGUCCGCCUGUGGGAUCCGUGCACUGGAAACUGCCUCCAGAUUCUUACGGGGCAUACAGAUUGUGUUCGUGCACUCGCCUUUUCACCUGUACCACGUUUUGCAAAUAUACUUGCAUCAGUUUCAGAUGAUGAUAGCAUACUGAUUUGGGAUUCAACGACGGCAAAGUGCCUACAGGAUAUCAAAACUAAUGAUGAAGAGAGCCGUGUCCUUGCCUUUUCCUGCGACGGAGAGAUUCUUGCAUCAGCAUAUGGUGAUAAAAGUAAUAUACACCACUCAGACGCAUCCAAGAUACAGCUGUGGAACCCGAUAACCGGAAAAAGCCUACAUAUACUCCAAGGCCAUUCAGACAAGGUGACCGCAAUUGCUUUCUCCCCUAAUGGAAAGAUACUCGCAUCCGCGUCAUGGGAUGGUUCGGUACGGCUAUGGGAUCCUUUGAAUGGACAUUGCCUUGCGAUACUUCAGCAUUAUGAUCAUGUAUAUGACGUUGCGUUCGCGCCUGAUGGUAAAACACUGGCAUCAGCAACAAGCCAUAACGACAGUGUGUGGCUUUGGGACCCAUUGACUAGACAAUGUCUGCAGACUAUGGAAGGGCAUAGCAGCUGGGUCCACUCGGUCGCUUUCUCACCUUCCUUGAAUAACAGCGAGAAGCUACUCGCAUCAGCAGCAUUGGAUGAUAGAGUCAUACUUUGGAGCACGUCAGCUGAGCAGGCCCAGGAAAUAGCUCCAAAUGAGAGUGAUAUAUUCAGAUAUUUCUGUCCAUUACCUAGUGGAAAGAAACUGGUGUUAUUAAAUGAUACGACAAUACAAAUUUGGGAUUUAUCCACUGGGCAGUGGCUGCAGACAGUGGAUUAUCAUAAAAGUGUGACCAUAUGGCCGUCGAUUUCGCCUAAUGGGAAGAUCGUACUAAUCACUGAUCCUAACCAGAUACUGAUCUGGAAUCCAUCGAAUGGAGAGCGUUUGCAGACAUUCAGUGCCCACGCAAUCAAAUCGUUCCAUUUCUCACCAAACGGAGAGAAGAUCGGAUUAAUCACUGCCGAUAACCAGAUAAUGAUAUGGAAUCCAUCGAAUGGAGAGCGUUUACAGACAGUUAGCGCCCAUGCAAUCAGAUCGUUUCGUUUCUCACCAAACGGAGAGAAAAUCGUAUUAAUCACCGACGAUAACCAGACACUAGUCUGGAAUCCAUCGAACGGAGAGAGUUUGCAGCCAUUGAACGCCCAUAAAAGGUGGAUUGGAGCGGCGACUUUCUCACCAGACGGAGAAAAAUUUGCAUCAUUAUCUGUUGAUUCAAUGCUCCAGAUCUGUGAUAUGUCGACUGGUCGUUGCUUGCAGAUACUCCAGACGAGUGUAUCUGGUAGAUAUCAUGGAUAUGGAUUCACAAUUACUUUCUGUCCAGAUGGUUUGUACGUGGCGUCGUCUUCUGGUGAAACAGCCCAGCUUUGGGAUGUAUCCACGGGACAGUGUCUUCAGACACUUGAGGGCCAUAUUAACGCUAUUUCUGUGAUGGCUUUUUCCCACGAUGGCAGGUUACUGGCGUCAGCGUCAGGUGAUCCCGGAAGCGAUUGGGCAUACUCGAGAUCUAAUGCAGAUAACAACACUCUGCGGCUUUGGAAUCCUUUCACUGGACAGUGCAUACACAUUCUCCAUGACACCCCUGGCAUAGAAAAUCUUUCAUUUUCAAGCGAUGACCACUAUCUCAACACAAGCUUAGGCGUUCUUUCCCUUGGGUCUGUUAUCAAGUCGACCGAAGCGAACCAUGAUACGAAACCGCAAACCCAUGGAAUCUUCAUUAAGAAUUCUUGGAUCACGUGGAAUGGCCAAAACCAUUUCUGGCUUCCCCCAGAGUACAGACCACAGUACACAGCUGUCUAUGACAAUGCCGUUGCAAUCGUAACCGGUGACCACCGGAUGAUUUUUUUUAACUUUACUCUCCAAUAA